AUGAAUCGGGAUCGACGAAUAGUGUGCCACGGAGACACGGAAAAGUCGAGGGUUUUAUCUGCUUAUAUGGUAGGUAGUUCUUGUGGUACUAGUUGGACGGUCUAUCCUCCUUUAAGUGCUAGUGGUCACCCUGUUAAUAGGUUGGCAUUUUUCUGGAGUGAGUUCUAUUUUGUGAUAUUUAUGGUUACCAUUAAAAAUCUGAAUAUGGCUACUAUUAAAAUGCAUAGGGCUAUUUCUAUUUCUUUGGAGCAUUUGUCUUUAUUUCUUUGGACUAUAGAAAGUAUGUUUGAUUUUCAAUCUUGCGGUUUAGAAUUGUUGGAAUCUUUUUUUCAUGGUUUUAAUUUCAAUUUUAUGGUUAAGUAUGUGUCUUCUAGUGUAGGUUGGUUUCAUCGUUUUGCUUGUAGUUUUCUUUUGAUAAUUUUGCUUAUUUUUCCUUCUUUGGUUUUGUUAAUUUUAAUGGUACCUUCUGUGGCUUUGUUGAAUGAGUUGUUGUAUAAUCGGUCGUUACCAACAUUUAUUCAUCAGUACUUCGAUGAAAAUUUGCUUUGUCCUACACGCUUUUUUUGA